ACUGCACUGCACGAUUUGAUCUUUCUACGAACUUCAACGUUUUUCCUAACCAAAUUACAAUUACAUUACAAACUAAACCUCCGCCACCAUUAUAAAAAAAACCCACAAAAUCAAAAUAGCCAUACACGCCAAAUAUAUUAUAUAUAUCAGCCUCUACAUACAUAUAUAUAUACAUAUAUAUAUAUAUAUACUCGAAUAUAUAUAACAUUCAUAGCACCGCUUGCUGGCCUGGCUUUGUCUGUUUCUGAUUCUUCAUUCAUUAGCUAGCAGGGACAGAGAUUGAAGGUGAGAAUUUGUGGAUGCAAUGGGAUACAUGAAGAAUUCGAUGGUAAUGUGCCCCAUCAACGAGCACUGUUUGAAUUGGGUGAGGAAGUACAUGGGUUAUUGUCUUUGCAGUGUAAGAGAUGGAGUUUCAUUGGGUUUGGGUUUUCUUAGUGUGGUCAGUUGGACUGUUGCUGAGGUACCUCAAAUAAUCACAAAUUACAAGCAAAAAUCAGCUGAGGGCCUUUCUAUGCUUUUCUUAAUUACUUGGCUAAUCGGAGAUCUUUUCAACCUUUUUGGCUGCAUGCUGGAGCCAGCCACGCUUCCAACACAAUUCUAUAUGGCAGUGCUGUAUACGGUGACUACCAUGAUUCUUGCUGGACAAAGCGUAUAUUAUGUCCACAUAUAUCCCCAGCUGAAAUACAGUAGACAACAACAAAAGGGUGCCAAGUUUAUUCAGACAGAAGUUGGUGGAAAGUUUAGACCAAGUUGCGGUAUCAAUGUGAAAGAAGUUAAUAAUGCUCAAAGGAGUGAUAAGUUUGACACUGCUGGCAGAGAAAAUGCUUUUAGCUCACCAAUCCCACUUCCAUCAAUCAAUACUUGUGGUUCCCCUGGAAGAGAUUUGUACUAUGUUUCUGCAAGAUCUCUAUCAAGGAGUCAUACUCCCACUGCAGGAUCAGUUUUAGCACAAAAAACUCCUCCAUCUCAUCAUUUUCGGAAUUCAACUGAAGAGCCCUUGCUUAGUCCAGCUUUAUCAACACAAUCUGCAUCCCCUUCUAAUGUGAAGACCUUGUUAUCUGUGGUGUCUGCAAUGACCUUCCUUGGUACUUGGAAACUCCAUCGUUUAUCAUUUAACUUAGUUCCAGAAAAUCCAAAUCAUGGAGUUGUGAUACGAGUAGGAAGAAAGCUGUUGCAAGCAAGUAGUGGACUGUUGCUAAACAAUGGUAUUGAAGGAAGCAGUGGGAUUGGAAAUUAUCUUGGCUGGGGAAUGGCAGCUAUUUACAUGGGUGGACGUCUUCCACAGAUCUUCUUAAAUAUAAAAAAGGGAAAUGUUGAGGGGCUUAAUCCUUUAAUGUUCGUCUUUGCUUUGGUUGGAAAUGCCACUUAUGUAGCAAGCAUACUUGUGAACAGUUUGGAUUGGUCAAAAAUUGGACCCAAUUUGCCAUGGCUAGUUGAUGCAGGAGGAUGCGUGUUACUUGACACUUUUAUACUACUUCAGUUCAUCUACUUCCGCUACUCGAAACAAGAAGAUGAUAUCGAGGACAAAAAUGGGCAUUUUGAUGCUGUUUAAGUAUGGAAGAUUAAAAUGGGGCUGCAUCGCUGGGGUGAAGAAAAAGAUUUGAUAACUAUUGGAAAGGAAGAAAGUUGCUGCAUUUAGUCUUAACCAAAAAUUGAAACCAUGGUAUAAAGAGUACGAAUGAUCAGAGUCUGUGAUUAUUGAGAAAGAAAGUGGAAGAAGCACUAUAUUCCUUUCAAGGUAACUGAGAAAAUUCAAGCAGUAAGCCUUGAAACGAUAGAAAAUAUUGAUGUAAAAUCAUUAUAAAAGUUUUUGAUUUAUGAGAAAAUUGUGGAGACUUCCAUAUUUGAAAUGAAUCCAUCUAUAGAGGAAAAGUGCUGUUAGGAGAUUCAACAAUUAUUUUUAGUGUUGAACAUCAUGGCUUGAUGAUGUUCCAAAUCAUAAUAAAUUUUUUUUUAAUUGAUAUAUUAAUAUUUUUGUUA